CAACGUAACGUGGCUUUAACGUAAAUGUAAAGUAACGUUUUAUGUCGAAAACGUAAGAAAAUAAGGACUAUCAGACUGGCACCAUGGAUUGCUCGGACGGCUGUGGUGAUGAUGGUCCCAGCAGCCAGAUAGAAUGGGUGGACUUGGGAUCACAUCCGGAAGAGCAAGCAUGUACAAAGGAAGAGUAUGCAGUCGCCAAGUACCUGCGCUUCAACUGUCCAGCACACACUGGGAAACUGGCGGGCAUGACAGUGAAGUGUUUUAUAGCAUCCCAGGCUAUAGAAUGUCUUAUGGACUCAAAGUGGGCCAAGGGUAAAGCCAACCCGGACUCCGAGAUUGUGUUCACAGACAGAAAAAGCAUCUCACAGUUCCUAAACAGAUAUAUACAGAAAGGCCUUUUCCACAGAGCAGACAAAAUGGAAUCAAAAUCUCAAAAAGAAAGGAAAAGGAAGAAGAAAGAGGAAGAAGAGAAAGCGAAGAAGGCAAAAAAAAAGACAGAUAAAACAGAGAAGACAGAGAAGGUCGAUGCUGACAAUGAGAAAGAUGAGGAAAAGAAAACAGAGAAGAAAAAGAAUGAGGUCAAACUGAAGAAAUUUAAACUGAACAUGAGCGAGGACCAGAGAUUUGUUGACGGAAACUCAAUAUAUGUGUGGAUCUAUGAUCCAAUUCAUCCAAAAACAUUCUUCAUUGGAUUCUUAAUGUUGCUUGGGGCUGUUGCAUUAUGUCUGUUCCCGCUAUGGCCAGACUGGAUGAGAAUCGCCGUGUACUACGCCAGUUUGUUGGGCGCCAGUUUUGUUGGCCUCAUGCUUGUGUUGAUUGUCUUGCGGGUGAUUGUAUUCUCAAUAGUGUGGGUAUUAACACUGGGGAAACACCAUCUCUGGAUAUUCCCGAACCUUACAGAGGAUGUUGGUGUUUUAGACUCAUUUAAACCCCUUUACAAACAUGACGUAUACCCUCCACCAGAGAUUGAGAAAGAACUUGAAGAUGACAAGAAGAAAAAGGACGAAGAUGCAGAAGCGGAGGAUUCAGAAAAUGGCGAUGAUAAAAAUGAAGAUUUUGAAAUGAUAAAUGAUAAAAAUGGUGAUUCUAACGCAGACGAUCGGACUGGUGAGGAAAGUGGGGAGGGGGAGGAAAAUUGAGAAACCAGUUUAGCACUUUAUAUAUGUGUAUGGGUGAACUUGAUUGAUUUUUCAAUUUUACUUCUUCUUUUUUUAAAGUUGAAGAUAGUUUUAGCUACAAAAGUAAAUAUUAGUCAUUUAUUGAACCAAGUGUGUAUUUAAAUGAAAGUGAUUGAUUGUUGUUUCUUUGCAUAAAAGAACAUAAACAUUUUAAUAUUUUGAGUUUCAUAUGUCAAAGUAAUUUGUUGCCAAAGUUGUUUACAGUGUUUUGAUGACUUGAAGCUUGCUGAGAUGUUUGUAACAAACUAGUAAGAUGAUUUUUAAGUUCUUGUGAGGACCAAUAUGUAUUUUUGUCCAAAAAAUAUUCAAGUGCUUGAGAAAUGAUAAAUGCUUUUAGUAGAAUCAUUCAUAUUUUUUCUAAUCUACUUUAUAUCUUUUAAUAGAUUUUUUUAUUAUUAUUUAUUGAAAUGGCAAUGUGCUGUUAAUUUAUUGCAGUUAUGUAAAUAAAACUAUUUACUGGUAAUUGGAAAUACAUUCUACCGUAAUAUUUUUAGGCAUGUCUGUUUCCGUAGAAAUGGUUGUCAGUUUUAGUUUUACAAAACAUUUUUCUCCAAUUUCUCGAUAAAUCUUUAUUUAACAGUAUAAACCUGUUUGGGUAUCUUAUUUCAAUUAGCCUAAUUAAUUACUUAAACUGGAUUUAAAAAAAACUUUAUAAAUGUGUUAUGAUUUUUUCUCCUAAUAAUUUUCUUUCAAACCUCAAAACUUUUUUUAAGAGGAGAAAAUAACACAAUUUAUACAAAACAAAAAAAUACUGUGCUGAGCUUGAUCCUGUUAUAAGGGACUUAAGAAUUAGAUUGUUAGACCAAGCAGAUAAUCAUUACCGUUUGAUCACAAACAGUUAAGUCUGAGUUCAGACUCAAGUGGUAAAACACCAAAUCUUCAUUGCAUGUAACUUUUCCUCUAGUUGAGUAUUGAUGAUGGAAUUUGAUGAAUUAUACAACUAUUUGACUUUGUUCAGUUGUUCGAUUAUUUAUAUUUAGUUUUGCCAAACAAAUGGAUUAAAGAUGACUCUUUGUACGUAAAAUAAAAAAAUAUUCUGAGUCUAGUCUAUGACUUGAGAUUGUUCGCAAUCAUGGGGCUGGUCGUUUCUAUUUAUUAACUUAAUGAACAGCUUUUCCAACGUUUUCCUAUUGACUUCUAUGAUGCUGUAUUUGUCAUCUUCUUGUUCAUGACAUAUAAAUGAAGUUAUUGCAAUAAAAGCAAGUAAAUGCAAAUAAAGAAAUCAUCAUUUCAUCAUUUUCCACACAAAUGGUGUUUUUACAUGAUGUGUUGUUGUGUCAAUCUUGUGUGGAAGAAUGGAUAUGAAGUAUUUUGCCAUAUGAAGUGAAAAUGGGACAGACGGCAAUGAUUUAUAAAGAUGUUGUUCAUGAUUGUUUUCUUAUUGUGGAUGCCAUUUAUGACUGUAUUUGAGAUGUACAUGUUGAUGUAAUGUUGAAGCUUGAUAUUGUUGGUAUUAAAGAUCUGGUUGGUA